GGGUACGUACUGUGCGUGGCUGCAGGGUUUAAAAUGGUCCAACUCUUAAGUAUCUUCUCACUAUCUAACAAGCUAAAACAAUCUCUCUGCACGUCAAAGGAGGAAGGAAGGGCAUGCCUAUAAAAACCGGAUAUGACUAAAUAGGGUGGUCUCUGUCCCCACUUUUGCAUAGAAAAUAAUAAUAAUAAUUAAUAACAAUAAUAAUAAUAAUCAGAAGAGAUCAAACCCGCCAGAGUUUGCCGGUACACAACAGACGUCCCUUUCUCUUUAUCUCUCUCUUUCUCUUUGAUCAGGUUUGGUUUUCUUUCAUUUUCUGUAUGUUAUAUAUAGGUUAUGUUUGUUGAACUCUAACAAAGAAAGGCUGGCUGCCCCUAGGUCUUCAUCAUCCAGUUUCUAAUUAGUUUUUGUGCUUUGCGAUAAAGAACACUGUGUGUCACUGUUUUUGUUUCUUUUACUUCAAGUGAUCCCUACAAAAUCCUCCAUUUUCUUCUUUGUUUCGUGAUCGACCUCUGUCUCUGGCUACUUCGGGUCUUUGACACACACAUCAGAGAUUUAAGAAAUCAUCAGUCUUUACGUUUCUUGCUCUCACUAAAUUAAUAUCUUUUGCUUUACAAGAACGCUGUUGAACAAAAAGAUGCAGGUGGCAAAGAAAUCUUCGGGAAUCCGAAUGGCGAGCAGUGUGGCUAUCAACAGCGAGCCUCCAACGUCAAAAGGAGUGAACCAUUUCGACAACCCAUACGAGGUCGUGAGGCAUCUGGCUUCGAGUAACGCAGUGGUGUUGUUCAGUAUGAGCGGGUGCUGCAUGUGCACCGUGGCCAAGCGUCUCCUCUUUGGCCUUGGGGUUGGCCCCACCAUCGUGGAGCUGGACCACCACUUCGCUGGUCCUGACAUCCAGGCAGUCCUCUUCCAGCUUGCAUCGGACGGGCAGCAGCCAGUCCCCGCCAUCUUUGUGGGUGGCAAGUUUCUGGGUGGCAUUGAGACGCUCAUGGCUUGUCAUAUCAACGGCACACUGGUGCCUCUUCUCAAGGAUGCUGGUGCUCUCUGGCUCUAAACUCUAAUCCUGAUUAGCGGAUAUAUAUUAAUUAAUUCUAAACAUGAUUCUCACCUAACAUGAUUAGGGUUGUACAGGGAAGAAAACAAGGUGACACGUCCCUCAUCCCUAGCUAAAAUGCCAGUUAAUGGCCAUUUAAGCAUGUUCAACAUUAUGCUAAUUAUGAUAUAUAUAUAUAUAUAUUAUUAAU